UCCCUCUUACCGAAACAGCGCGAAGUUUCGAAGCUGCUCCCCGAAGUGACUUUACUAAAUGGCUGAAAAACCUGUAAAGUCUAAACUGAAGCGAAAGAAAUCCUCAGUGGAAGGUCUUCAGCCAGACUUUUGUCCAAGAGGAACACAGAGGAAGAGUCCUCUGGUCCCCGGUGACAGGACAGCGGAGCCCGGGAGGUCUGUGGUUCCUGCAGCAGCUUGGUGGAACAAAGAGCAGCUUCCUGCUGUGGAGGCUCUGUGGGCGUUAACGCUGAAGUCUACUCAGCUCUACCUGCAGGACCAGAACUGGGACCUCAUCCCUGAUCUUCCAGAACCAUCCACAGCUAGACCCUCAGCUCUAGAGGAGGAUGAUCAGCGCUGGUGUGACCUCAACGAGGAGGUCGCUCCCUUCCCUGAACCGUCUCUGAGGACUUCAUCUAGUCCAGGUCCUCUCAGGCUCACCCCCUCCCAGCAGGACCUCCCAGUACAGACUCUACCUGAGCCGUCCUCCCACAGCAGGAAAAGUCUCGACGUCAGAACAUCUGUUCAAACGUCCACUAAGAGAACCUCCAGUGUAGGAGGAGAAGAGGAGAGGAAAGCAGGAGAGCGAGGAAGACAAAGACCGCUGAUACCUGACAGCCCAGUGGAGGAGGAGGAGGGUGAAUAUGAAGAAGAGCUGAUGGAGGUUAAAGAAGCGGGGGAGGAGGGAGGUGUCAGAGGAGGAGGGCGUCUGCAGAGCUGCCCCAUGUGUCUGCUGGCAUUCCCUGCUGGGUUCACACAGAUGGACUGUGACGGCCACCUGGCCCAGUGUCUGUCUGAGGUGAACGUGGACGUCACCUGGUGAGGGGGUAGGACUCUGGCUGCUGUCCAGGAGCUACAAGCUGCACAGAUACCCCGCAUCACCCCCCCUACAGGCUGGUAUCAUAUAGAGAAGGACACACCCAGACUCUCUACAUCAAUGCAUCCUGCACACACGUGGUUAUAAUCAUGUUAUAUUUAUUUAAAACAAGCGAACAUUUAAAACUCUGCACUUUGUGACAUUCAAACAUAUUCAGUGAAUCAGGAUGUAGUUAACGCUCCACAAACAUUUCAGUUGUUUCAGCAGCUGACACCUAGUGUUUAAAAUGGGUACUGCAGUCUAAAUUCUAAACAUUG